CGACGGUCAGUUGCCAUCUGCGUAGUCCGGACGGCAUGAUCGGUGUCGGUGUUUAGCUAGCUGCCGCUCUCAAUCUUUGUGUUUGUUGUUUUCUAAACAGUCUACGCGUGUUUUACGAGGGGACGUUGUAACAACAGUGAAAGAUAACACACGGUGGUUCCAUGUAUUUGCUGUAUUGUAUGGUAAAAAAAAGCUUGAGAAAUGACCGGGGGUGCGUUAGCUUUUAGCUUUGUUGGCAUCUGUUGUGCUGCAACGCUCCGGGAAUGAAUGAGCGCCUGUAAGUUAGGGAGCCGUAAUUCUGUUUUGACGGGUUGUCAGAAGCGUUUAGAAACAACACAAGAAACUUGGCAUAAAUAUGGCCACCGGUGCUGAUGUUCGGGAUAUCCUGGAGCUUGGCGGAACGGACAACGAUGGUCCCAUCAGUAAGAAAGAUCUCAUCAACUCGGAUAAGAAAAAAUCCAAGAAAGCGACCGAGACGCUAACCUUCAAGAGACCAGAGGGAAUGCACAGAGAGGUUUAUGCUCUGCUUUAUUCGGAUAAGAAAGAUGCACCCCCCCUGUUGCCUAGCGAUACCACUCAGGGUUACAGGACGGUCAAAGCCAAGCUGGGCUGUAAAAAGGUUCGCCCCUGGAAGUGGAUGCCUUUCACCAAUCCAGCUCGCAAAGACGGGGCCAUAUUCCACCACUGGAGACGGAUGGCCGAGGAGGGAAAGGACUACCCUUUUGCCCGUUUUAACAAGACGGUGCAAGUGCCAGUGUAUUCAGAGCAAGAGUAUCAAAUGCAUCUUCACGACGACGGCUGGACCAAAGGAGAGACAGACCACCUGUUUGACCUGUGCAAGCGCUUCGACCUGCGCUUCGUGGUCAUCCACGAUCGCUAUGACUACCAGCAAUACAGAAAACGCUCCAUAGAGGACCUGAAAGAACGAUAUUAUAAUAUUUGUGGUAAGCUGACCAAGGUGCGUGCAGCGUCGGGGACUGAGCCCAAGAUCUACAUCUUUGAUGCUGGCCAUGAAAGGCGCCGCAAGGAGCAACUGGAGAAGCUCUUUAAUCGCACACCCGAGCAAGUGGCAGAAGAGGAGUAUCUUAUCCAGGAGCUGAGGAAGAUUGAGAAUAGGAAGAAGGAGCGCGAGAAGAAAGCCCAGGACCUGCAGAAGCUCAUCAAAGCAGCCGACACGACGACGGAGCUGAGGCGAGCUGAAAAGAGAGUCUCCAAGAAGAAGCUCCCCCAAAAAAGAGAUACGGAAAAACCAGCGGUUCCAGAGACGGCCGGCAUCAAGUUUCCUGACUUCAAGUCGUCAGGCGUCACUCUGCGCAGUCAGAGGAUGAAACUGCCAAGCUCUGUUGGCCAGAAGAAGAUCAAGGCCAUUGAGCAGAUCCUGGCAGAGCAAGGAGUGGAUCUGAACCCGAUGCCCACAGAGGAGAUUGUGCAGAUGUUCAAUGAACUUCGUAGUGACCUCGUGCUCCUGUACGAGCUGAAGCAGGCCCACAGUAACUGUGAAUAUGAGCAACAGAUGCUACGUCAUCGUUAUGAAGCCCUGCUUAAAGCUGGCAGUGGGGCUGGAAGUGGUGGAACCACGGGAGGAGGCGGAGGGAUUGCUGGAGUCCCACAGGGGGGGGAUCUCGGUGCCUUGAACAUUACUGCAUCAUCCACUCCAGGCGCAGAAGCACAGUCAUGGCCCAGCAUAGAUGAUAUCAAGGUGGAAGCCAAGGAGCAGAUCAUUGAUGUUGUUGGAGCGCCACUUACUCCCAACUCGCGCAAGCGGAGAGAAUCUGCUUCCAGCUCAUCUUCGAUAAAAAAGGCCAAGAAGCCCUGAUGAGAGACGGAGCUCAUACUGUCUGGAGGACAAACGACCGGGUUACUUAUCCUGAUGACAGUGGAGUGCCCAGGAGUCUCAUGGCCAGACAAGAUGGACACAACCAAGGCGGUCACCAUAUUACUGUCCAUUUACGUAGACACACCACCGACUCCACACACACACACACACACACACACACACACACACAACCUCUCCACCUACUAACGAGACCUCUGCAAACCCUCCCCGGCUGGCCGUGACAAAGGCAAUGACUGAGUGACAUUUCAUUCCAUUACUGCUCGUGUCCCUACCUCCACCACCGGUUGGCCCAGAGAUGAGGCAAGAGCAACUGUAAAUUGCAAGGCUGAACUAAUCGGGACAGGGUGAAGAAGGUGGGAAUGACUGGGUAAUUGAAAUGAAUUGGAAUGAAAGACCAGAGGCGAGGGAGUGGGUGGACCUGGAAGCGCCAUGCUCAUUGGAGUCAUCUGAGAGCUUUUUUUUCUUUUUUUUCCUUUUUUUUUGUAGUCUAAUAAUGCAAUGUGUUUACUGGAAGUGUGUUUUAGCGUUAAGCUUGUAGAGCCGGCUCCUUUCAGAACUGGUGUGUGUUUGGUCCUCUCUUGGAGACUACUUUCAUCUGCUUGUUUUUAUGUUGUUUUCUGACUACCUUGAAAAUCCUUUUAAAAAAAAAUAAAUAUCAGUUGUAUUUAGUUUUGUUUUUUCUAACUGCUUCUAGUUGUUUCUUUCCAGACGGUGUCGACUCGGAGGGUAAUGAGCGUUGAAUACAGAUUUGUUCGGAAAA